AGGAAAGGGACGCACAAGGAGACAGGCAGGAAGAGACGACAUACACACACACACAAAAGGAGGAACACUCGGAAGUCCCCAGAAAGAGGAAGAAGAAAGGAACUUCGACGCCUUUCCGAAGCUGCGGUGAGAGAACCUCGCACUCUCUGAAGAGCAGGCAGGCAAGCCAUUGCUUUUGUGGGCGAGUUAUCGGAAAACGCUCCUGAAUCAAAGUUUGGGGAGUUGAGUUUCCUCAAAGGAGGGAAUCUUCACGUCCGGAGGAAGAAGAAAGCCCCCCGAAAAGUCUCUCCUCUGCCUCGAGGCCAUGGCUGGCUAUCUCGGGGGCUAUCUCCUGGCCGGGCUCCUGGUGGCCGGGCUGUCCCUGGGCCAGGAGGAAGGCGCGCCCGAAGGAGGCCUCCCUUUCGGGGAGCAGUGCCUGGCCCACUUCACGGCCGGCUUGCCCGAGUUCGUGCUGGACCCCGACGCCUCGGUGCAAAACGGGGCCACCUUCCUGGACUCCCCGCCUGUGGAGAGGGCCCGCGACUGCGUCCGCGAGUGCUGCAAGCGGCCCCACUGCAACCUGGCCUUGGUGGAGGAGGAGCCCGGGCAGGAGGGCCAAGAUGGCAUCCGGAGCUGCUUCCUCCUCGACUGCCUCUACGACCAAGCCUUCGUCUGCAAGUUCGCCAGGAAGGUCGGCUUCCUCAACUACGUCAAGAGGGACGUCUACGACGCCUAUGUGGCCAUGAAGGAGCAAGGCACCAACGCUGAUGAUCGGCCGCCUGUGGCCCGUGCUUGGAUGGACAUGAAAGUGCAGCCUAAUGAGCCUGUGACACUGAAGGGUACAGAAAGCUUUGAUGACAAUGGAAUUGUGAAUUACGAAUGGACGCGUCUUUCUGGUGAUGAAUCAGUGGUGAUGGAGCCACAGAAUGACCACAUGGCACUCACCAAUCUUCAGGAAGGAGUUUACGUCUUCCAGAUGACUGUGAAAGAUGCUUCUGGACAACAGGAUUCAACAGACAUCACUGUCACUGUCCUGAAUCCUGAACAGACUAUAGACCACUGUUUGGCUCCUUAUAAGGUGGGUCGGUGUCGCGGUUCAUUCCCUCGCUGGUAUUACAAUCCAGCAACCCAGGAGUGUCAGCAGUUCAUCUUUGGGGGCUGCAGGGCUAACAAGAACAAUUACCUGAGAGAGGAGGACUGUAAACUUGCUUGCAAGAAUGUCCAAGGUGCUAUCGAAAAACGGCAAGAACCAGUGUGCAAACAAAACUGCCGGCCCUUUGAUUUCCAAUGUAGUGAGGACUGCUGCAUUGAUGGCUUCCUGGAAUGUGAUGAAACAGCAGAUUGCCGAGAUGGAUCAGACGAGAAGUUCUGUGAUUCAUAUAUUCAAGGAUUCAACAAAUUACGCGGGAUCAAUGUUACUUCCAGCCAGGCUCACUGUGUGGAUAUGCCAGAGACAGGAUCGUGUGAAGACAGUAUACUUCGUUGGUUUUACAACCCAUUUACUGAAGCAUGUGAUCGUUUCACUUAUGGAGGCUGUGAUGGCAACAAGAAUAACUUUGAAAAUGAGGAGGCGUGUAUGAAAUCCUGUGAGGGUGUCACAAAGGCUGAUUUGAUUGGCCGAAGAUGGGGCAGCUAUGAAUAUCGGCACUCAGGUUUAAGCUCUUUUGAAGUGGCAGUUGCCGUGCUCCUUUGUGUGUGCAUCCUGAUAGUACUGGCAAUUAUUAGCUAUUUCUUCCUGAAGAAUAGAAAAUCGUACCGACGGCGACGCCAACCGACUACGGCAGCCAACUCCACCCUGUCUUCUGUUCUCUCCACUACAGAAGACACAGAGCAUUUGGUCUACAACAGCACCACAAAGCCCAUUUGAUUCUGAAGAGCUGCCCUCCACAAUUGGGAGUGGAGACAACUGUGUUAGUUUUGGUGAUACAAGUCCUAUCAGUUAUCUUGGAUUUGUGACAACUGUUGCAGAAGAGGAAUGACAAGAUUAUUCUCUUCACCUUUCCCAUUUUGAGCAUAUACUAAUGACUGUUCAUUGGUGUUUUUCUUAGUUUUUCAAAGGGAGGGGGAAAUGAUUCAAAUAUAAGGACUUGCUGUAGUUAUUGAAGGAACCAUGGUUUGAUUUGGCAUGGAUUUUCCAUUGUCCCACAAAUCUAGUGAAGUCUACAUUUCUUUCUUUGUUUUUGUCAUAUUAAUGUUGGCUAUUCCCAUCUCAUAAAUCAUGCCCAAAUCUAAGUGAUCUUAAAUCUAAGGAAUAAAGUGGUUCAAGCAAGUGAUACCUUUUGAGUAGCUUUACCCAUGUGAACUUGCACAUGGCAGUCAGACAUUCGAUUGGCCACUGGAAUGAGAUUGUCCUAAUUUUUCUAGUGCCUGUAGUGGCAAACUAAUGCACCUUAAAUAUCAGUGAGCGGCUCACCUUAAAUACCAAGCUUCUCAAUUAUGAAAUAAUGACACAGUGGAAUAAAUAGAGCAUUUUAUUAUGAUCACUGGGUUUAAAUUUAGUUUUAACCCAUGAAGCAUUUUCACAAAUGAUUGGGAAUUAGGAUUUGCAUCUGUUCUCUUCUCCAUUGUUCUAUUCCCCGGUCUACCUCUACCACCAAAAUUGCCAUUUCUGCUUUUGGAGUUAAAUGAGUAGUAGUUUAGUGGCCUGAGUGUUGCAUCUGUAUGUAUUUAUUUUUAGAACCAAAAUGUGACUGUAAAAAUAAUUAUUCUAUUAUUUUCAGCUUUUCUAUGAAUGUACAGUGAAUCUUGUAGAAUUGUAACUUUUUCCCUGCCCUCUACUAUGUAAAAUCCAGUGUAUCCUCUUAUUAAUGUAAUGCUAUAUCAGAAUUCCUCUUCAGAAGUCCGUUUUCAAAAGAGUUUCAGAAGGAAGGAGAAUCUGAAGACCACAAAACUGUUUCUUUAGGAGCAAUAUAAGGGAAGUAAAAACCAAGCCCAAAAUUAAUGAGAUUGAACUGAAAGAAGUAUGGUUCCAGCUUCCCCAUUAUGAUCAGUCCUCGAUAUUAGUACAAAGAAGCUGUGCCUGUAAGCAUUUUUCUGUCUUGACGUUGCUGAUCCCAGCCAAGCCACAGAAAUCUCUUUUCCCCUGCCUACUAUCUGGGUUUGAUAGAGUCUUGUGGCUACUUGCUUCCAGCCUCUUCUACAAGUGUCCUGUUCACACAGGCAGAAACAUAUGAUGGAUGUAGGGGGUACUUCAGGCAUGUGGUCGACCCAUAUGGAAUUUAUAUUUAUCAGAUGUCUUAAGACGAAGCUUACACAAGGGUAGAUCAAGUGCUGGUGCUCCAUCAGAGUUCAGAAAAUAUAUAUUUCUGGACUGUAGUUCUCAGAAUGCUCAGUGUGUCCAGUUGGCUGACAGAUUCUGGAAAUUAUUCCAAAAAAAGCUUUUUUCUGAACACUGGGUGCUCCACACAAUCCAGACACUUAUUUUGUCCCCUCAGCCUACGCUUUCCUAGACUCAUGUAGUAACUUCCAGGCUCUUAUGGAAGGGUUCCUAUGUGGCUGCUGAACUGUCUCGAUGGCCACAUGGAUGCUUUUCUUGAGAUUGGGAAGUUGCCCAUUGCUAGCUUCUACCUGGAGCAGUGGCUGCUAGGGUACUAUUUUCAUUGCUGUCGGAGUUGUAUGAAUGGACUUUCCUUUAAAUUAUACUCUGAGUGAUGGGCAAAUUCUCAUCUUGAUGCACCUGAGAACUCAAAUGAUGCUUUUGAAACUGGACCAAAAACCAGUUGUCUGUAGAGAAACAGAGGGAAGGUUAAGCUCUGAAGUCAAUGCAAUGCCUUCUCUGAAUGGAAAUGUACAUAGCUCUAUCUGUUUUGGAAAUUCUCUCCAUUAUGAAGGUGAGGGACAGAGCAGAAAAUGCUUCUGUAUUUCACCCUUUUGAGGUGGCUGUAUGUGAUUUUAUUUUCUGUGUGCAUGUGUAUGUAUAUAAAUAAGGAUUUUUUACUUGGAAUGUAAAUCAUUGCUGGCUGGGUUUAACAGUUUGCGAGUUCCAGACAUAUAAAGUGUGGAAACCAAUGUGAACUCAAGAGAAGUGGCAAAAUGGAGUGGGGAAGGUAAUGAUGGAAUUUGCAACUGUACCUUUAAAUUGUGCCUAUAGCUGGCGGAUUAUGUUAUAUAUCUUGUUUGUUUUUCCCUUCUGCCCUCUCCCCAACCUUCAUUGCUCUCUGAGCCCACAAAGUCUAGAUUUCUCUCCUUCAGUAAAUUUUAAUAAAAUGUGUUCUUUGUAUCUAA